CGAUUCAGCAGGGUGCUGUCGGCAGCCAUUUUAUCGAAACAAAUCUGUGUAGGGAACUGGAUUUGGGAAAGUCCUGCAAACUAUUUUGCCAUUCUCGUCCUGCUGACUCCGGUAACUAUGUUUCGUCGAUGGUAGUGUUUAAUCGUUCCGGAAAGUGAAAAACGGCGACAUAAUCAUGCCGUCCCUAUAUCAAACGCGAAUAUUUAAACGGGCGGCCCCCGAAGCGGGGACAGGGGCAACAGGAGACGUCCGCUCGGCCGCAGGAACGGAACCGGCGUCUCCGGGCAACGCGGCACCGACGCUUCCAGACGUCACGGUGCCUCCGCAGGACCUCACGACCCCCAUCGACACUACAGGUGGGGACCUUUUGGAGAAACACAUUUUUGGUAACAAAAAAUUUCAUCCAUCUCACGGUCGCACGACCCCUCAUCCGGAAGCAGUGAAACCAAGCACUAACGAGACAACCUUCGUUAAGAACAUAGUUUCAUUGGCCAAUAAAGAAGGUAUCGAUACAUGGAUGCUAGUAACUAUUCUAAUUGCGGUAUCUAUUGUAAUUCUCGGAAUAUGCUUCUGUUGCAUAAGAAGAUGUUUCCGCAAGCGACGUGCAAAGGACGGCAAAAAGGGCAUGAAAGGCGUAGACCUAAAAUCUGUACAAUUGCUUGGGUCUUCUUACAAAGAGAAGGUUCAACCGGACAUGGACGAAUUGACGGAGAACGCCGAAGAACCGGACGAUGGAGAAAAACCGGAAGUUCAAAAAUUGGGAAAAUUGCAAUACAAGUUGGAAUACGAUUUUAAUCAGAACAGCUUUUCCGUGACCGUCAUUCAAGCUGAAGAUCUGCCUGCUCUUGACAUGGGUGGCACAUCUGAUCCGUAUGUCAAAGUCUACCUUCUUCCCGAUAAGAAAAAAAAAUUCGAAACCAAGGUCCAUAGAAAAACGCUGAAUCCUGUUUUCAAUGAAACAUUCGUAUUUAAAAGUUUACCGUAUUCCGAGGCUAUGAAUAAGACGUUGGUAUUCGCCAUCUUUGAUUUUGACCGAUUCUCCAAGCAUGACCAGAUAGGUGAGGUGAAGGUGCCACUGUGCACCGUCGAUUUGGCCCAGACAAUCGAGGAAUGGAAGGAACUGCAGAGCGUCGAAGGGGAGGGUGGUCAGGAAAACAAGUUGGGAGACAUAUGUUUUUCGUUGAGGUACGUUCCGACUGCUGGAAAAUUGACUGUCGUUAUUUUGGAAGCUAAAAACUUGAAGAAAAUGGACGUUGGUGGAUUGUCAGAUCCCUAUGUGAAGAUCGCCUUGAUGCAAAACGGAAAGCGAUUGAAGAAAAAGAAGACUAGCAUCAAAAAGUGUACGCUAAAUCCCUAUUACAAUGAAUCGUUCACAUUUGAAGUACCGUUUGAACAAAUACAGAAAGUGAACUUGGUCGUAACUGUCGUGGACUAUGAUAGAAUCGGAACAUCGGAACCAAUUGGUAAAGUCGUUUUGGGUUACAACGCCAGCGGAACUGAACUUCGUCAUUGGUCCGAUAUGUUGGCUUCGCCUCGCCGGCCGAUUGCACAGUGGCACACGUUGAAGGAUCCCGAAGACGAAAAGAAAGACUAAGACUAAUAGAUGUCGCCUACAACGCUAAUCAGUGUAAAAGUUAAAGCAAGUAAACACUUUUCUGAUCAAUUAGUUAUGCAUAUUACCUAGUUUAUUGAACUCCUAAAAAAUGAAACCUGUGGUAUGUUCCAAUUUAAUUUUUUAGACUUUGAUGCAAGAAUCAGAAAUAGUACAGGACUUUUCUAUUAUCAAAAAUUUGUGAAUCUGAACUUCUCCUGUCCACGCACGAAGUCUCUAAAUAGUUUUUUACCACUAUACCAAGAGAAUCCAAAUUAUUCCCCAUUGUAAAGGAUCAAAAUACAAAUACAUAAUAUGCAUAAAUAAUACCUUGUGACAAGAAAGUACCCGUAAAUUCUGAUUUAAAUAACCUGCACUUAAUAUUUUGAACUUUGUCAAGUUUCUAUUACUCACCAGAUAUAGCCUCGUGGCACUUUUUUUUCUUUUCCAAGCUCAAAUCAAAUUGCCACUUCAGGGACCCCGUUUUGAUUCUAUAAAUGCCAUUAAAUCAAAUUCGUAAAAGGAGCUAAAAGUCGUAUCAAAAAGGGUCUAUAAAAAGGUUUCGAUGAUUGGAAAAUGCGUCUGACUAUGUGUAUCGCUUCAAAAGGGGCAUUUUGAAGCAGAUUCAAGAAAAACGAAAGAAGAUUAGGAAUUUUGCGUUUAAUAAAACGAAUUUUUACCCAAUUUCCCGGGAACUUUUUUGUCACUGUGUGUACUUAAGUUUUUAAAUAGUUUAAUGCGUUUUUUGAUGUUUUAGGUAUACUCAUUGUUGUAUUGAAGUCUACCUUUCGAUUGUAUGAAUCACCGUCAGUGUUAUACAAUUUCAUUAUUACCUAAAUAGUGUCCAAUUUAUUGUUCGAAGGCUUUAAAUGCACCUCUCAAUUGUAUGAAUUUCUUUUUAAGUUAAGUGUUUUAAUCGCAUCAUUCACAUCUUCCUAUUUAGUAAAAAUAGUUAAUGAUAGAUGUGUUAUGUGGGAAGAUUGCAAUAUGGCUUAAAUCAUGAAAAUUUUUUAAAAUAUUUUUUUUAUGAUUUAUAUUAUUUUUAAUUAU